AUGCAUGUGACGUCGGGUCUUUUUAUAUUUAAACCAAUCAUGCUGACUCUGGUGACGAAUGAUAUCAAUGUGACGAAAUCUAUACCAUUUAUAUCGAGAUUACCAUUUCGCGUUGAAUACGGCGAGAAAUUCAAUCAAUAUAUUUAUCCAAUAACAGUGCAUAGUUAUACAGCCGUGUUCGCACACGUGUUUGCUACAAUUGCGGUUGAUGGCUUGUACUAUUGUUUAAUUCAGCAUGCUUGUGGAAUGUUCUCAAUUAUUGGAUACACAUUGGAGAACAUUGGUAAAAAUAACGACGACACUUUUGACGCAAAACAAGCUAAGAUACAGGAUAAUAAUUACAAUAAAACUUUAUACUGUCUACGUAGACAUCUCCUUGUGAUAGAAUUUACGGAACAUAUCGAAUCGUUAUUUACGAUGAUAUUUCUAAUUAAUCUUAACUUAAAUAUGAUCGCUGGAAGUUUAACUGGCAUACAAGUGUUAAUGAAUUUAGAUAAAAGCGCAAAAGACGUCGCUGGGCCAAUAACUAUGUAUAUUGCACAAUUCCUUCAUUUGUUUCUCCAUUUUUGGCAAGCUCAAUUUUUACUUGAUUACAGCAUCCUUCCAUAUAAAUCUAUCUGCAGGGCGAAUUGGUAUUAUGCUUCGCACAGAUGUCAAAAACUUUUUCUCCUAAUUAUGAACAGAACGACGUCACCAUGCAAAAUCACCGCCGGCAAAAUGGUGACUUUAUCUAUUGAAAGCUUUGCUACGGUAAAUAUAAAAUUGUAUUGUUAUGUUUUCAAAUUAUAUUGUUAUAAUUGUAGCUUACCGAGGGAUUUUUUUAUUUCUUAA